GGUAUGCUUUGGGACGGGGCAGCUUGUUCGCAGUAAUUCAAGGUUUUGGACGUGCAACAAUAUUGUCGUGCAAUCGUCGUUUGUUAGAAAAGAAAUAAUUCGCCUUCACGUCGGCCGCAAAAUCUUGUCGGGUUUGAGCUAGCUGCGCGUAGAAUGGCCGCGGUAUUCGAUAUAGAAUUGUAUGAUGCGGACACGGUAAAUAGGGACGAGUCCGACGACGAUGUUAUCGAGAUCGGCGAGGAAGAGUACGAUGUGAAUCCAAACGUGAACGAGAUAGCCAAAUCGGAAGGCGGCGAAACGGUACCUAUAUCGGAACAGAAUGUCAAUCGUGGACGUGAAAGGGUCGGACCUCAGGAUUUCGAACUAUGCAAAGUUAUUGGGAAGGGUGGUUAUGGCAAGGUCUUUCAAGUGCGUAAAAUAACGGGUAAUGACAGCGGCAUGAUCUUUGCAAUGAAGGUCUUACAUAAAGCCUCGAUUAUAAGGAACCAAAAAGAUACUGCCCAUACUAAGGCUGAAAGAAAUAUAUUGGAAGCUGUAAAGCAUCCUUUCAUCGUAGACCUUAUGUAUGCUUUUCAAACCGGUGGAAAAUUAUAUUUGAUCUUGGAAUAUAUGUGUGGUGGUGAAUUAUUUCGACAUUUAAAUGCAGAGGGCAUUUUUCUUGAAGAAACUGCUUGUUUCUACAUAUCGGAAAUAAUAUUAGCCUUACAACAUCUCCAUUUACAAGGAAUUAUUUAUAGAGAUUUAAAACCAGAGAACAUCCUGUUGGAUGCAGAUGGGCAUAUAAAAUUAACCGAUUUUGGUUUGUGUAAAGAGCACAUACAAGAUGGUACUGUUACACAUACAUUCUGUGGUACUAUAGAAUAUAUGGCUCCAGAAAUUCUAACACGAAGUGGCCAUGGUAAAGCAGUAGAUUGGUGGAGUCUUGGAACUUUAAUGUACGACAUGCUUACAGGUUCGCCACCAUUUACAUCCGAUAACAGAAAGAAAACUGUUACUAAAAUUAUACAUGGUAGGCUAAGUCUUCCGAUGUAUUUAACACCAGAUUCCAGAAACCUAAUCCAUAAAUUACUAAAGAGAAAUGUUGCGCAAAGAUUGGGAUCUGGUCCAUCAGAUGCGGAACAAGUUAAGAGUCACCAAUUUUUCAAGCAUAUUAAUUGGAAUGACGUUAUUUCUCGAAAAUUAGAACCACCAUUUAGACCAAUGUUAGCAAGCGAAGACGAUGUGUCUCAAUUUGAUAAAAAAUUUACAACGUCCGCGCCAAUAGACUCCCCCGCGGAAUAUACGUUAAGUGAAUCUGCUAACAGAGUAUUUCAAGGUUUCACGUAUGUGGCACCUAGUAUACUAGAAGAUAUGUACUCGCAACCACGAGUAAUAAAUGCUAGAAGUCCUCGUAGAAGCAACAUACGUGGUUUUUCACCAAGGUCAACACAUUUUACUUUGCACAAUAUACACUUACAAAAUCACAGACACGAUGGAGUUGGGCAUGGCAACAUGGAGGAUACAGAAAUGAUCGAAAUAGGCUAACUGCCACUUCUUUUAUAGUGGAGAAUGCUUAGCAUUUCGGCCUAACUGCUGAAUAUCCAUGACCAAUCCUUGUGUCUCAGGGAGGGAUUUUAUAAAGAUAUAGAUGGAGUAGCAAAAGGAUAGGUCCAAUAUCCAGUACUUCAUUGGAUGUUCAGCAGUUAAAUUUAGCUAAUUUUUUUUUUAAAUCAAAUCUAAUUAUAAUAAAGGUACUAAUUAAGAUUUUGCUUUAAGAGAACAGCGACGCAGCAGUUAUUUGGUAGCACGUAAUAAAGUAUACAUAUGUAGUGUGCGCGUGUGUGUAUAUAUAUGCAUGUGUAUAUAUACACACACGCUAUAUUACACUACAUAAUUGUGAGUGAAAAAUUCGGAUGAUGAAAUAAUCGGAAAGGAAAGACUUUAUUUACUUAUUUGUCGUUGGUUACGAUGUACUGAACGUUAUAACAACAUCCAUUAUUCGCAUACAUUGUAGUCAAAAUAUUGCACACGUUUCAUUAACCUGCUAAUAUGUAAUGACCUACUGUGUUUUGUACAUAAGAUCUGCAGGUUGGUUGGAUAUUCAUGUAAUAGAUACAAACGUCAUUUAUGCUAAGUGCGACAGACUGACAAAUUCCAGCACUUUUAGAAAACCCGUAAAUUAUACUGUUGAUACAAGUUUGAUGUUCAACCAUCCUGUCACACUUGUAUAUUUAAAAAUUCUGUACACGGUGUACGCAGUUUUAUCGCAAUGUACGUAGUGCUUAAAUGUGAUUCGUUAAAAUGAGAAAAGACAAAUAGACGUAAUGAGAAAAACUCACAGCUGCCACAACCGCUCCGCCGCUCAAAAUUCCAUAUCCGGUCAUUCGUUUAAAAAAAAAAAAAUAUACAUAUAUAUAUAUAUAUAUAUUUUCAGCAGUAAUAACGUUUCCAUGGCAAUAAUGUAAACAAUAACGCGUCUACACGAUAGUCAUAGACAGUGUUUAUGUAAUACUGUAACGGAAUUGCAUUUGUACAAUUGAAAGUUCCUAAGAAGCGUGAGUUUAAUUGCAAUGUACUCCGAUCUUCAAGCAUAAAAAUAUUUUUUUGUAGAAGUACUCGUUUGUCCAUAUAUAUGUACAUAUAAAAAGUCAUCUCUUUUUUUUUUAACCAUUUAUGCCUUCUAGGAAAAAAAUGAAAGAAACAAACUUCUAUCGUGAUUCUGUGCAACAAACGAGAAAGACAUAGUGUGAAAUCAAGUUACCAUGGUAACAAUGUUACUGCGAAACGUUCACUUUUGCGCUAAAUACGAGAAUACAUUUCAUAUUUACACUCGUGUUCACAAGCUGUUCAGUGUGUCAAUCAUAAUGACGCAAUUUAUUUAAAUAAUAUCUAUUCGUUACGUAUAUUUGUACAUUAUUAAACACUAAUAUAUAUAUUGGUUUGACGUACACACGAUAUAGUAAAGAUAAAAUAGUGUAAAGAAAUAAGCGUUUAGAGUGACUGUUGGCCACUCACCGGAUAACUCUAAACUACCCAAGUGUUCACAGGCCAUUCUAGCCGGCAUUACAAUUUUAACUAUUUACAGCGAAAUACCAUGGUCGAAAUGUUAAAUCGGUAAAUAGAAUUUUCUCUCAUGAGUAUACCGUGUUUAUCGAAGGUUCUCUCUGCUGCGAAUUUGAUAUAUUGCAUUUCGACUGUGCAUGAACGAAACAAAUGCGUACAAUAUACGUAUAUGAUUAUGCUAUUUGCAAUAGUAUUGUAUUAUAAAGAAGUGUGUAUUCGGAGCGGAUAAUUUAUAAAUCACAUUUUCUGUAUGUAUCGAAACAUGUAUUUUCGAUGUUGAAACGAGGAAUCUGUCUACAGAGUCGUUCGAGUACUGUUUGUCGUGUUUAAUGUUCAAGGACAUUUCAGUAGUAGGAUAUCAGGACUUGCCAUGUAAACGAUGUUAAUUUGUUUGUUUCAUCGUUGUAUCAGGUUUAGAAAGAAUGAAAUUAGCAUUUAAACUAUGAAAAGGACAAUUACAUAAAUACUAAUGUCACAGUAUAUUAUCAUAUUUAUUUAAUGUACUAUAAUUUUAUUCGUUUUUUGAUAACUAAUAACAUUGUAACGAGUUCAGUUUUGAAACCUAUUUACCAUUUACGGGAAACUUCAUCGUUCAUACGCAUAAUGAACUUUGUAGGUAGAUUCUGCUAAUGUGCUUUGCAAUCAACCUUGGUGCUGAUACUCAUUAAUUUGAUUCUAUUCUAAAACGGCCUGAAUACCAUAAAUUGAUUUUGUAUAGCUUAAAAGGAACGGUUAUUAUACAGCACGUAGUGCUAUAUUUAGAUGUUGUAUGUUACGUUCUCUUGUAGCGUUUGAAAAUGUAUGAACGAAUUUAGCUAAAAAUUUAGAUUUAUUUGUAAACGUUUUUCUUUUCGAUUGUAUAACACGAAAAGAAGCGUUAUGGUUACCCGAGGCACAAGAUAUAUUAGUUAAAUGCUUACAGAAUAUUAUCGAAUGAUGUGUAAACAAAACUAGCCAUUGGCCAGAAGAAGUGAUAAAUGGUUUAAUGCUUCCAAUUAAAAGUAAUAUAGAUUCUUCAAUUGACUUAAUGCUAUCAUGGUUUGUAUCCUUUAAAUCGUAUUUACAAAUAAAUAUAAUGAUU